AAAAUUAUCAAUAGUUUUGACGAGAGAUUGAAACAAGUUUGCUAAAUAGGAAAAUUGUUUACGGAAAGAAAAUAUUAUUCUCUAAAUCAGCAUUGUUCAUAAUAUUUGCUGCCUAGGAAGAAAUAAAUACAAAAUCCUUGGAAAAUACUAAGUAUACUGAAAAAGAAAAAAAUUUAUACAAUGUUGAAUCAACAAGGAUCAAGAAAUUGUUAUAAUUCAGGUAAUUCAGGAAUUUCGUCGAAAAUUUUUUAUUUUCUAUUUAUUUUUCUAUUUUUACUGGAUGUAAGUAAGACUCAAGAAGCAGAUUGUGACUUGUAUCAGUUUGUAAAUUUGGGGUCUCUUUAUUAUAUUUAUAAUCUUGAAUAUCCAGAUUAUGUCACUGGAACCAAAUAUUGCAGAUUUAGGGCCGAGGCUCCUGAAGGUUAUCGAAUUUUGCUUGAAUGUGAAGAUAUAAAUAUACCAUCAUCGCUUCUGUGUUUGAAUCAAUAUUUAAGUAUUAAUACUAAUCCUGAUAGUAUAUUAAGUAUUCCAUCGAUUUUUUGUGGAAUUGGAACAAUGACCAUGAGCUCAGUUAAUAAUAAGAUGACAGUUAUAUAUCGUAGUUUGCCAACAGGUAGACCAGCAAGAUUUUUCUGCAAUGUAACUUCCGUUGCAUGAAUCCUAAUGGACACCCAAUAUUUUAAACUUAAAAAUAAUUUUUAAAACAUAUCAUAAUUUUAUGACUUAGAAUUAUAGAAUUAAAUAUACAAGUGAGAAAUUAAUGUAUUGUCGACGACUACUUGAAAUUGUUCUUUGGUUUUUAAUAAAAUUAAUAUAAUAAUGAAUUCUUGAAAAAUACUCUCUAAAUCUGAAUUAGUAGAUAUUGACUAAUUCAAAUACGAUGGAUUCGUUUACUGUGAAUUAGUCAAAGUUUACUAUAAUUGAAUUUGUAAUAUGGAGGCUAUUAAAUAAAUUAGUAACUUUACCUAUUAAAUGAAUUAAUGAGUUUCUAACUAAAUAUGACAGUAAAAAAAUGUUAUUUUAGGUAAAGAAAGUUAUUAUUUUUUUCCGUGGAGUUUCCAUGGAAAUUCUACAAGUUUUUUAUUUUUAAAAUAUUUUAA